UAUAGUGAGAAAAACAACGUCGUUUUAAAACUAUUGGGUUAAAUUAGUCACGAUUAGUUUCCUCAAAAGUUAACUGGAAUUCAAUUUAUUUACAUGCUUCUUAAUUAGCAUUAUAGUUGAGAUACAAACAAAUAUGGAACGACGUGUGUUAAAUAUUUUUAAAUGCAUUUAUGUACAUGCUACAUACAUAUUCAAUUCGUUCAUGCGCCAUAACUCAAGUCGUCCUUCGUUUCAUUAAGUACACAUUGUUUGAUCCGGGACCCACGCCAGCCACCACCAACCACCAGCAGCAACCGUCUUUCACUGUGCGAGUCAGUGGUUCCCAGAAAAGCGAACUGCACGUGGCCUCGUCUUCGUCUUCUCCUCAUCACCGUUCUUCGGUUUAGUCAGGUUUCCGGUUUUUCUUUUCUUUUAAUUUGCAUAUGAAAUUGGUUACAGUUUUUUAAAAACUAAAUUACCGUUAAAAAGUUAAAGUUGUAGUGAGUAUUUCUAGUCAUUUUUAGUGGUCACUUAAUUAUUCGGUGUGAGGAGAACGGAUUUUCGAACAGGAGAGAAAACGGUGCUACAAUGGCAGAAAAAGGGAGGAGAAACAUGUCAGAAGCUGCAGGAAAAAGUGGAAACGGAAGUAAAAGUACGCCAGCCAUGGAGGCGAAUAAGGAAUAUGCGGCGAUAUAUUUGGAUAAUUAUAUUGACUGCCUUCACGAUCUGCCCAAUGAUAUUCAGAGGAAUAUGAGCCGAAUGCAGGAGCUGAACGUGGACUAUGCAGAAUGCUGGACUCAAAUGGGGGGCGUCAUUAAGGAUUUGCUUAAUCAAAUUGAUAACCCGGGGAAUGAACGCUCAGGCUCGAGAGAUUUUAUCAACGGUAUCGGCACCCUGAACUCAAUUAUGGGAAAGAUGAACGUGAUGCAUGUCCAGCAAGAGAAGCUACAAAUUGCGGAGACAAUCUUUGAAACCAUUGAGAAUAAAGCGAGACAGCUAAGCUUGGAUAAGAAGAAUUUGGAUGAAUCUGAGAAAGCGGUGAUAGCAGAAAAUCAGCAGAAGGUCGCAACUGAGGUUUCAGCACCAGCUAAUUCUUCCCAAAAAGUGAACGAAAUGAAAUCAGAGCGAGUUGUCAAGUCUGGAAUUAAAAGACUUGGCAAAGGAAAGAAGGACUUAUCUCCAAUUAAGUUGCCAUCAACCCCGAAACAACCGACUACUGUAAGCAAGCCUAGCUCUGGUAAGAAGAAGCCUCACGGGGGCGCUAGGUCGUCUGGAUCUUCGGUGAACACCUCGCCCACUUCACAAGGGUUGGUGGUGAAAUACCCUAAAGAAUCUAUUGCUAUUCCACCGCCGUCCAAGCCCCCUCCAAAGAAAGUGGUGUCAUUUGUUAUCAAGAAGAAACGUGGAUACGGUUUCGUGAAACGAAAAGGAGCAACCAAGAAAUUUCAGCCUAAGGAAAACGCUAAUAUUCAGUGGCAGCAAAUGCAGCAGCAGCAAAUGACCGCUGAUCAAACCGCCGAGAUACCUGGGGCUGACAUUGAGCCCCUUUACUGUCUUUGUAGCCAGGUUUCUUACGGAGAUAUGAUUUGUUGCGAUAAUGAACUCUGUCCAAUAGAGUGGUUUCACUUUGGAUGCGUUCAGCUAGCACGUAAGCCAAGAGGCAAUUGGUAUUGUCCUCGAUGUCGUGAUGGGAAAGCGACUUUGAUGAAACAACGCUCUAUUUUGAUCAAAGAACUGGAAGCUUACAAUCGCGAACGAGAAGCUGAAAGCAAUGCGAAACAACCGGAAUAACUUGUUAACUUGAUAUGUUGGUUGUUAUCGAUGAGGAAUUCUUAUUUCCAUGUAGUUUUAGAAUGUCGUAAUUCUUUUGUCUGUAUGCUACUAACUUUUAACAAUUUGAAUGUGAUAUUGUGUCACAUGGUGCCUUACAUUAAGUCAACUAUGAAAUACUGUUGUGAUUCAUUCCCGUACCAAUACCAUUAGCUAUAAAUACCAUUGUGAAUCUCCAAAGCCAGACUGGAAUUUUAAACCACAAAAAAUACAAUAUCAAAUAGAAUAGUAAGAUCUAAUAGUUAAUAUUUAUGUGGUUGCUCAAUAUAUUUUAUUGUAUAUAAUUUUGCUGUUAUCAAUUUGGAUCAAUACGCUUUAAAGGGAACCAUACUGUAAUGGAAACUAUGAGUCAUUGUACUGUGUGCUAGUUAAAAAAAUUACGUGUUCUAGUGGGAUCACAAAAAAGAGUUUUAUUAUUAUUCAUUAAGUUUUCUUAUUUUGGAACAAGUUUUUAGCAAUAGAUAAUCAUUCCUAUAAUAUGUAAUUAUUUAAUUUAUUGCUAUGUAUAGUACAAAUAAUAACUAUUUUAUCCUACUACAAUUGUUGAAAAGACUUGAAAGAGUUAAAGACUUUAAAACACUCAGAUUACAUGGGAAUCUUAUCACUUUACAUUUAGUACACAAAUUGGUUUAAUGUUCCUACUUACAUAUAUAUGUACAAUAAAAGCGCUCAAUACAUCCAUGGAUGGAACUAGUAGUUUAAGAAAACCAUAAAAUCUGUAACCGAUAUUUUGGCAUUGAAAAGUUAUUUAGUGUAAACUGAAUUUGAUAUCAAAUGUUAACCUGUAACCUUUCUAAUCUCAAUAAUAAACAAGUCUGAUGUAUAUUAUAUUAA